UCUCCACUGAACUCCAACCCCCGCGCUCUCUAUCAGCAUCUCAUUCCUGUCUCAAUAUGUCUCAAGAUGGCGGCCAAUGCAGGAUCGAUGUUUCAAUAUUGGAAGCGCUUUGACUUACAACAACUACAGAAAGAACUAGACGCCACCGCCACACAGCUUGCCAACAGACAGGACGAGAGUGAACAGUCCAGGAAGAAACUAAUCGACCUGAGCCGCGAGUUCAAGAAGAACACACCAGAGGAUUUACGGAAACAGGUCGCCCCUUUGCUCAAGAGCUUCCAAGGAGAGAUCGACGCCUUGAGUAAGAGAAGUAAAGAAGCAGAGGCCGCCUUCUUGAACGUGUACAAGAAAAUAAUCGAUGUCCCAGAUCCUGUACCUGUGCUGGAGCUGGCUCAGCAGCUGCAGCUGAAGCUCCAGAGGAUGCACGACAUUGAGACAGAGAACACCAAACUUCGAGAGACACUGGAGGACUACAACAAAGAGUUUGCAGAGGUCAAAAACCAAGAGGUGACCAUUAAAGCCUUGAAGGAGAAGAUCCGUGAGUACGAACAGUCUCUGAAGAAUCAAGCUGAGAACCUGGCGCAAGAAAAGCAGCUCCAGCUACACAACGACUAUGCAGAGAAGGAGAGGAAACUCCAGGAGAGCCAAGACUCCAUGUCGUCAAGGUUGGAAGAGGCCGAACACAAGGCCCAGUCCCUACAGACAGCACUUGAAACAACUCAGGCCGAGCUCUUUGAUUUGAAGACAAAGUAUGACGAGGAGUCCACAGCAAAGGCCGAUGAGAUUGAGAUGGUGAUGACAGACCUGGAAAGAGCCAAUCAGCGAGCAGAGGCAGCUCAGAGAGAGGCGGAGUCGCUCAGAGAGCAGCUGUCCUUGAGUAACCAAUCCCAGCAGCUCAGCAGCCCGACCAAGGCUGACCCCGACACGGAACAGGCAGUGGAAGUGGCAUCCCACUCAAGUCUGGAGGCGGAGCUCAGGGCCAAAGAAAGGGAGACCGCACAGCUGGUGGAGGACGUCCAGAGACUGCAGGCCAGCCUGACCAAACUCCGAGAGACCACCAGCUCCCAGAUCACACAGCUGGAGCAGCAGCUCAGCAGCAAGACUGCCGUUCUCAAGGAACUGGAGGAGAAACUGCAGAAGCAAGCUGACUAUGAGGAGGUGAAGAAGGAGUUGAGUAUCCUCAAGUCUAUGGAGUUUGGAACUUCUGACUCUGUGCAGGAUUCAUCUAAACCUCUGGAGGUGCUGCUGCUGGAGAGGAACCGUAGUCUACAAUCUGAGAGCGCCGCUCUGCGCAUCUCCAACACUGAGCUCAGCGGGCCAGCCGGUCAAAAAGGGACAGAAGAGUCCACACCGAAGGAGGAGACCAUGCCCAGCGACCCCUCUUCUUCACCCCCUCCUCCCCCUCCCUCUCUUCCUUCCUCCUCCCAGCUCCCCCUGUCUCGCACUUAUACGGAUCCCCUCAACACUGCCACCACCACCACCACCACCAGCAGCAGCGAAACGCACCCUUUCACUCCUACGGGCAUUGGACAGGACUUCUACUCCCCUGUGUUCCCUCUGGUGGGUGGUAAGAUGGCUUUGAACUCCUUGAUCCAGCGGCAGCUGCUCCAGACCUUCUACUCCAAAGCCUUGCAGGAGUCGUCUGGAAUCCCCAGUGGGGCUCUACUGUUCACCCCCUUCACUCCAACCCUCAGCUCCAUCCCUACCUCCACCCCUGGCUCUGGGUCUGCUGCUAUCCCUCUGGCAGCCAGCAGCCCGCAGCCACCUCCAGCCAGCCCAGAUAUGGCUCCUGUUAAUGGGAGCAGCACAGCUGGCAGCGCCCCGUCCCCGUCACCCAGCCACUCUGAUGCUACCACAGGAAGCGUUUUGGACGGGGAGGACAUGGACACGGCAGAGAUUGCCCGACAGGUGAAAGAGCAGCUGAUCAAGCACAACAUUGGUCAGCGUGUGUUUGGCCACUAUGUGCUGGGACUGUCCCAGGGUUCGGUCAGUGAGAUCCUGGCCAGACCAAAGCCGUGGAACAAGCUAACCAUCCGAGGGAAGGAGCCUUUCCACAAGAUGAGGCAGUUCCUUGCCGAUGAGCAGAACAUCCUAGCGCUGCGCAGCAUCCAGGGACGGCAAAGAGAGGGCUCAGGCCAGCCCCAGCUUAGCCGAAUGUUUCAGGAUGUUCCGAAGCGGAGAGCCCUCUCCAAUACAGCUUCACACACAGGUAACAUUACUGCCCGUGUCCGCACCCCAGAGGCAGGUUCAGAUGAGGCUAUCAAGUCCAUUCUGGAGCAGGCCAAAAGAGAGCUGCAGGUGCAGAAAGCUGACUUGUCCCACGCUCAACCCUCAUAUGCGGGAUUGAAAGGAGGGGGUGGAGGCGGAGUAGGAGGCGGAGGCGGAGGGGGCAGCGGAUCAGAUGAGGCUAUCCGCUCCAUCCUAGAGCAAGCUAGGAGAGAGAUGGAGGCCCAACAAGCUGCACUGGAGCCCAUCCUCAAAGCUUCUUCAUCUUCGUCCUCUAUAGCAUCACUAUCUCAGAGGGACCUCCUGAGCUCUCCGCUCACCGCUCCCCUCCCCCCUUACAACCCCUUGGCACUCUCCCUCAAGAAGCCUCCCAGCUCCCUCUUGUCCUCCCCCUCCUCCCCGUCUCCAGUCCUGGACUUUAGCUCCAGCGUGAAGAGAGAGGGCAGGGCUUCUUCAGGGAUCGACUUGUCGGCUGACGGAGCUCUCAGGCUGAGUCGGAGCUCCGAGGGGCUGGGCCGCUCUGGAAGCGCUGGAGGAGUGGGUUACUGGAGAGAGCAGUGGUGGAGCAACAUGCAUACAGACCCCCGCAGGAGCGUAUCCAACCAGAUAGGAGAGGAGAACCACAACCUGGAGGACUCCAAAGAGGGAAUAUUGAGUGAUAGUCUGUCUCGACACAAACCGUGGAACAAGCUGAACCAGAGGAGCAGGGAGCCAUACCUCCGCAUGCAGCCAUGGCUCAAUGGAGACCAGGGGCAAAACUCACACAUCCAGCAAGCUCAGAACCAAGCAGAGGGUACUCCCAAGACAUCAGCAAGCUGCAGCCCCGCUCCAGAGUCACCCCUCAGUUCAGCUGAGGAGUCUGUCAACGGUCUAACAGGCGAUCCGCUGGCUUCACAGUCCUCCAGUCUCAAACCUCCGUCUGAGGAUCCCUCAGGUGGGGAGUCUCAGCCCGGCACCCCGCUGCCUCUACCUGGUCACUCGGGUCUCAGCAUCCAGGAGAUGGUUGCAAUGUCUCCUGAGCUUGAUACUUACGCCAUCACCAAGAAGGUUAAGGAGGUGCUGACUGAUAAUAACCUUGGUCAACGUUUGUUUGGGGAGACUAUCCUGGGUCUGACUCAGGGUUCUGUCUCAGACCUGCUGGCCAGGCCCAAACCCUGGCACAAGCUCAGCCUGAAGGGCAGGGAGCCCUUCGUCCGCAUGCAGCUCUGGCUCCAAGACCCACACAGUGUGGAGAAACUCAUGGAUAUGAAACGCUUGGAGAAGAAAGCUUACAUGAAGAGGCGGCUGAGCUCCUUGAGUGAUAACCAUUCUGUGGACGCGGGCUUAGUGGGGCCAGAUUACGUCCAGGGCUCACAGAGCCCGGGACAGCAGCAUCUGAAGAAGCCCAGGGUGGUGUUGGGCCCCGAGGAAAAGGAGGCCCUGAAAAGGGCGUACCAGCAGAAGCCCUAUCCCUCCCCGAAAACCAUUGAGGAGCUGGCCUCCCAGCUCAACCUGAAGACCAGUACUGUCAUCAACUGGUUCCAUAAUUAUAGGUCACGUAUCCGGCGAGAGCUCUUCAUAGAGGAGAUCCAGGCAGCUGGAGGGCUAGGACCUGGCAGUGAGGGGGGCUCCCCUUCUCUCCGUGGGUCCAAAUCAGGAGAGGGGGACAGCUGUGAUGGGACAGAAUCUGAGGGCACAGUGGAGACACGCCAGGGACUGGGCAUCGGCCUGGAGGAUCACAGAGGGGCAUGCAAAGACCACGACAUGGAGGCUGAGUCUGAGGCAGGGGGCUCUAAUAACUCCCCUGCUCAGAUAGACUGCACCACCUCAGGCUUAGCCGGGCCAGGCUCCAGCUGUGGACAGGGAGGACUGGGGCUCUUCAGCCUCACAGAGGCAUCCUCCAGUAGCUCUGCCUCUAGUACUAACAUCCCAUCCUCUGGCCCUGCCAGAAACCCCAGGGACAACAAUCUGCGCAAGAAGAAGGCAGCCAAUCUCAAUAACAUCAUCCACAGGCUGGAGAAGGCUGCCAGCAAAGAGGAUCCCUCAGAGUGGGAGUUCUAGCUCCUCCUGACCAUCCUUCAUCCCUCUCGUCUCAUAACCUCACGACCUCUAACCUUGGACCCCUCCUGCUCUGUUCCAGUUGGAGAGUGGACACAGCCAAAGUCAAGCUCAGCAGCCAUUUUUAUUACAUAGAAGCUUUCCGAAAAGAGGAAAGAAACAAAGAGUGGUUGGCAAAACCCUUAAAAGAAGAUUUACUGAAUACCUAGAAGAACAAAAUAAGAGAACUUAAGUGUCUCUCCUUUUUUUUUAACUGAGUUUUGUUUUUGUACUGAGAAAAGCACUUAGCCGUCCUGCUGGCCUCCGGCCCUGCUGUACCUCCCCCUAUCACCAGCCACUGGUGCACCAGACUGGUUAGUCCUGAGCUGGGGUCUGACCCACAGCUGGGGUUGAAACCUGGACUCAGUAACACAGGCAAGGCCUGACACAGCAGCUGUCACAGUGAUAGACACUGAUAGAUGAUAGAUAGAGACAGGAACUCUCUUACAAGAACUCUCACUUUCUUAAAGGAGAUUUUUUCCGCUCUUCUUCUCACCUCCCAAGUGUCCACAAACCUCCCCUCACUCAGUGAGACGCCUCAUUUUUCACACUGUAGAGUGACUGUUACAAACCCUUUGCCUUUUUCACUCACUGCGUGUGUGUGUGUGCGUGUUUGUAUGUUAGGGGUUGUGUCAGUGUGCACCUGUGAGUGUGUGUGUGUGUGUG